AAGAUGCAUACAAUAAUAAACACAUCAGACACUUGUGUGAAAUAUUGUGAUGUUUUCCAUAUUUAUUUUAAUUUGCUUUUUUAGUUUUACUAUCAAUACGAGUGCAUUACAAUUAAACGAUGUAAUAUUGUGCCGGACCUGUGGGAAUACUAUUGCACAUUCAAAUGCUAUUAUAGAGAAAAAAAGUUCAUUAUCUUUGAAGACUUUUAAUGACACAUUGUUCAGUAGUGAAAAUGUUACAGUACAGAUUUUAACAAAGGACGUUAUUUUCCGUUUUCCCAUUAUAAUUACCAAUCAUUCAAAUUGCAUUAGUUUGGGUGAGUGGGAAGAAGACGAGGAAUUGUGGUUUUCUGGAUAUCGAUGGAGACCCUGCCUCUGUCCUGACUGUGGAGUAUUAGUUGGCUGGUUAUUUGAAAAAUAUAAUCCUCUAGGAUCAAAUAAUUCAGUUUAUGAAGCGAGAGGUCAAUUUUAUGCACUUAUAUUACCAAAUCUGGUUAGCCAGAAGUUUUUAAACUCAAUAAUAAUUGGAUUGUUACAUGACUAAAAUGACAUUUGAAUUAUCAGUUGAAGACAAGGCUUUCUUAGCCGCAUGUGAAGAAGAGUUUAAAGAUAGAUACACAGAAAAUGAUGAAGAAUUUAUGAAAGUUUUAAAUGCAGAACCCUCUAUUCCUCCAAUAAUUGAAAA